GAUCGAUUGUAACUUUACCUUUAAUCCUAAACUAUGGCCGACACUACUCCUAAAGUUCCAGAAACCCCUCUUAUUUUGCACCAUUUGAACAACUCUCGCUCUCAGCGCAUUCUAUGGUUGCUGGAAGAACUUAAUGUCAACUAUGAAAUCAAGUUUUACCAGAGACAACCCGACAUGAUGGCUCCAAAAGAGUUGAAAGAUGUCCAUUCGCUCGGCAAAUCCCCCGUCAUUACUGACGGCAGACACACCAUUGCAGAAUCCGGAGCUAUUGUCGAAUACUUGGUGUCCAGAUAUGGUAAUGGUAAAUGGAGACCAGCUGAAGGCACGGACGAACAGCUUCAGUACACCUAUUGGUUGCACACCGCCGAAGGUUCCCUCAUGCUUCCCUUGUUGUUGACCCUGAUCUUGGGUGCCGCCAUUCAAGAAACACCAUUCCUUGUCCGACUUGUCCCAUACAUAAUUAGGCGGGAAAUCAACACCAGAAUGAUCGAACCCAACCUAAAGGCUCAGUAUGAGCUGAUUGAGGAGCACUUAUCCAAGAAUGAAUGGUUUGCAGGAUCACAAAUCUCCGGAGCCGAUAUACAAAUGGUCUUCCCCAUUGACAUAACCGCAGGACAAAUGGAUAAGUUUAUUGGCGAGCACACCCGCGCCUGGUUGGAGAAAGUGCGUAGUCGACCAGCUUAUAUCAAGGCAAUGGAGAAGGGAGGACCUUUUGAUAUGCAGAAGUUGUAAUCUGGCUAGAUGCAAUGGACAUUACAGCGUGUAUUCUGGAGAUGUUAGUCACUGUAAAAACGUAGUUGUUACCUGAGUACGCAUAUUGCGAUAUAUCAACGGCAGUGAAUCUUUUUGUAGUACCAGCCUUUUUUUUCCCUUGUUCUUAAUUUUGGGUCUAUAUAAAACGCAUAAACACGAAUAUAUGGAGUUCGAACUGC